UGAACUGAUGGACUCUGCCUGCGGCACGUAGGGUACACUGAUGAUUGUCUGUCAAUGUUGCUUUAAUGACUAGACACCGUUUUGGCUUGAAGGAGGCAAAGUUUUUGGGAGACCUUUGCCAAAGGCUGCCACAUGUGGCAACAUGCGUGCGUUGCUAGGCGAUGUGGGGUUGCGUCCUGGCAUCGAUUAAACAGCUGGCGAAAUUUGCAUUUGAUAACACAGACAAGACACAGGAAAUACGGAAAAAAGGACGUGAGGCGAAUGCGUGCCAGGAAGACACAAAAUAAUUAAAAAGCGAUUUACUGAGGGGCAGGUGAUUGGUUCCGGGUUGCAGUGUGCGAGAGAGAGGGAGAGAGAGAGAGAGGUAGUAGGUGAGUGAGUGAGAGAGAGGACUAUUCCGAAAAUGAGCACGACACCAAAAUGGUACUGCCGGAACAAAUCGCAGCCAAUGCACACGUUCGCGGAAAUUGGUAAUCUUGGCCUGGAGCUGCGACGCAUCACAAAGCGGAUUGUGAUCGAUGUCAACUCGGCCAUUUUCAGUGAACAUGAUACCAUUUUGGAGGAGUGCGAGCAUGUGGUGGAGCUCUAUUGGAGUCUCAAGGACGAGACGAAGAAUGCCGACUUUCAGUCCCUCUCCAAGAAGAUCAAACGGAGUCCCUAUAAUGCGCUCCUCAUGCGCAAGUUUAAUCUGAUCAUGGAACUCAACGAUCGACGAUUCUGUCAACUGACUUUUGUGCUCAAGCGUACACUGAGUCUGCUGCUCCGCAAGUCGAUGCAGUCCGAGAUGUGGCUUAACUGGGCGCUUCAUAUUACCCAACUCUACAAUCGUUGCCGUAAUGUGAAUGCUACGCAGGAUCAGAGGAUAAAGCAGGAGCAAUCACAGCUGCCGCCGGAGCAAGAUGCACAGACGGAGCUGGAGAUGGAGCCAAAGUUGAGUGGCAAGUGCAAGGAGGAGAUGCACGCCAAUGUCUGCAGCAACAUGUAUCCAGCUCUGUUGAUGUCCCUGAAGAACAUUGACUUUGGAUUUGUGCUUCAGUAUGUGGCUCAAACGAGGGUGGAACAGAAUGCUCUGGAUUUGGUUUUCGGGCUGUUCAACAUGGGAGAGCAGGAUGCCUGGCGAGAGCAUCAGCAGCAGCAUAACGAUGAGUCCACAUCCUCCAGCCUGGAGAUACUGCGCACUCUCAACAUCUCCUUUGCAGCCGGCGAUUAUCAGCCGUAUUGUGAUUCUGCCCAGGAUUACAAUGCAUUGGGCGAAGCUGGAGCGGAGCCAGCAGUUGAGGGCCAAGAUCCUCAGAGUCUGCGCUGCAAACACACUGAGAGUUUUCUGCAAAAGGAACGCAUUUUUAUAGCCCAACUCAUAGCGAAGGCCACGGAAAUAUGUCCAACUAUAUUUGACAAUCGGAAGGCAGCUGAGAUCGAUAUGAAUGUCUACAUUGUGCGUGGAUUGCGUCUACUUUGGUCCUAUGUGGGCAUUAUUCUGGAUCACAUACUGCUCUGGUGGAUAGACACUCCCAUGUCCUGCUACAAUCUCACCCACAUCGAUUCCAUACGCUGUUGGCUUUAUCAUCAGAAUGUUAAUGAUAUUCCCGAACCUGUCUACUCCACAUUGCGUGGCAUUGGCGAAAUUCUGACUGGAUUUAUGUGCAAUAAUAUUUGGGAUCAAUUUUUUCGCUUGACUCUCAUAUCAUCGAAUAAUCCCAAGCGUCUCGUUCAACAGGUCGUCGAGCAAUAUCGCGAUGCUCCCAAGAAUGAACAUGGUACUCCUACGGGAACUGUGUGGAUCAGUGUCUUCUCCAACCUGGUCAGCCUGAGUAAUCAGUACUUCUCCAACACGGAUGUGCACAACAAUUCCAGCCUGUUGCCGGUUGCCGAACAGAUUCCCAUACUCCAUAGGAUGGAUCAUUCCGUGCACUCGAUGCGUCUUUGGGUCACCGAGCAGGCGAAGUUGCUGUGUUGCGAAUGGAAAAUGGAUCGUUUCUUUCAAAUACUGGAACACGAUGUGAAGCUCUGUCUGAGUGUCUUUACCACUUUUAAACUGCCCAAACUCACUGCCGAUUUGAGUGAUAUUCUGAUGUUGGUGUGUGUCGCAUUGCGCACCAAGCUGAUCACCGAAUCCACCAACAACAUUGAUCUGCUCAAGAAAACUACCGAUGAAUGUGUUCAGAUAUUGUCAGCGGUCUGCCGCGUCCAGAGCUUGGCCAACUUUACACUUUGCUUUCCCGCCGCCAGCCAUUGGCAGAGGAGUGUCUACAACGACGAGGAGAAGAGCCUGUAUGUGGGCUAUGUGCUGGACGAGAUCUUCCUGCCCAGCAUACGGGCCACCAAGGACAUUGUCAUACUCAAGCUCAUACUGAAGCUCAUCUGCGAGGCGUGGCUGGAUUUUAUCUACCAGAAACGCAUUCGCUUUAGUGUCAAUGGUGCACUGCGUCUGUUAAAUGAUUUUGAUGAUGUCCGCGAAUGGAUUCUGAGCUGUACUCUGCUGGAUGAGCAGCAGCUGGACAAGCUGAGCAACCAUGAGGUGCUCCGCAUGUGCAAAGGCGUUGGCAAGAUUCUACUUCGCAAGCCGGAAGACAUCAUUUCCAUUACACAUUCCCCCAAAUUCGACAAGAAGUCGCAGGAUGCGAGUGCCCAGGACACUCAGCUGCCAUCCGAAAUGUUCGUCUCCAACCAAAAGCAUUGGCUCCAACUAAGAGCUAACGGUGGAAAUGGAUUUCCACUCCUCAAACUCUGCUGUGGAGAUAACAUGAUGUGA